GGCGGUGUCAGUCCCGGAGACAGAGCGCCCGGGCCGGGCGGGCAGCCGGGCAGCCGCAGGUGGGGCCUCAGGCGGUGGCAGAGGGACCGAGCCAGAGCUGGGGAGCCCCGGAGCCCCACGCGGGGAGCGUCAAGGAUGCCCCGCGGGGACUCGGAACAGGUGCGCUACUGUGCGCGUAUCUCCUACCUUUGGCUCAAGUUCUCGCUCAUCAUCUACUCCACGGUGUUCUGGCUGAUCGGGGGUCUGGUUCUGUCCGUGGGCAUCUACGCAGAGGUAGAACGGCAGAAAUACAAGACGCUGGAGAGUGCCUUCCUGGCUCCAGCCAUCAUCCUCAUCCUGUUGGGGGUUGUCAUGUUCAUCGUGUCCUUCAUCGGUGUCCUGGCCUCCCUACGAGACAACCUGUGCCUCCUCCAGGCGUUCAUGUACAUCCUCGGGAUCUGCCUUAUAAUGGAGCUCAUUGGUGGUGUGAUGGCCUUGAUCUUCCGGAACCAGACCAUUGACUUUCUGAAUGACAACAUCCGCAGAGGAAUUGAGAAUUACUACGACGAUUUGGACUUCAAAAACAUCAUGGACUUUGUCCAGAAACAGUUCAAGUGCUGUGGUGGUGAGGACUACCGAGAUUGGAGCCAAAACCAGUACCACGACUGCAGCGCCCCGGGGCCUCUGGCCUGCGGGGUGCCCUAUACCUGCUGCUUCCGGAACACGACAGACGUCGUCAAUACCAUGUGUGGCUACAAAACUAUCGACAAGGAGCGCUUCACUGUGCAGGACGUCAUCUACGUGAGGGGCUGCACCAAUGCCGUGCUCAUCUGGUUCAUGGACAACUACACCAUCAUGGCUGGCCUCCUGCUGGGCAUCCUGCUCCCCCAGUUCCUGGGGGUGCUGCUGACGCUGCUCUACAUCACCCGCGUGGAGGACAUCAUCAUGGAGUACUCGGUCACCGACGGACUCCUGGGCCCCGGAGCCAAGGCCAACAUGGACACGGCCGGCACGGGGUGCUGCCUGUGCUACCCUAGUUAGAGGCCAGGCCCGGGACAACAGCUUCAGCGGGACAGUCUGAACAGCACCUCCAAGUCCACGUGGUGGGGGGGUGGCUGGGUAGGACCUGGGCCUCGCUGCCCAUGCGUGGUGUGGAUCGAAAGCCCAGGCUGUGCACCUGUGUGUGGGCUCCUGAGGCUACUGCCUCCCCUGGGGAUGGAGCCUGAGGCCCUCCCAGGAGGGGAGUGGCCCUUUCCCCACUGCC